GGCGCGCGGGUGGCGAUGGCGGCGGGUCAGCGCGGCCUCAUGGUGCCGCUCCUCCUUCUUAUCGGCGGGCUGGCCGCUGGCGUGGUGGCGACAACUGGUUUUAUAAAGUCACCGCUGUCUCAAAAGAGACUGACUCAGGACAGCGUCGAGUUGUACUGCGAGGCGAUUGGCAAUCCUAUCCCUGAGAUCCAGUGGUGGUUUGAGGGAAACGAGCCAAAUGAGACCUAUGCUCAGCUCUGGGAUGGUGCACGGCAGGACCGUGUCAAAAUCAACGCCACCUACAACCUGCACUCUACCAGUACCAUCUACAUCGCAAACCUCACAAGCGACGACUCAGGCAUGUAUGAGUGCCGGGCUAGCAACGACCCUGACCGCAACCACUUGUCGAAGAGCCCCAAAGUCAAGUGGAUCCGUUCCCAGGCGAACGUUUUUGUCAUCGAACGUCCAGACAUCACAACUCGUGUAAUUAGUGAAUCUGGCAAGCUGAUCCUGUCCUGUAACAUGACAACGACUUACCUUGCCAUCAGCGGUCACGAAUGGAUGCAUGGGGACAAGAUACUUCACACCGACACAGAUUCAAGUCCUUUGACCAGUUACGUAAUCGAGGGCAAGAAGGAAGAGCACUCUGGCGUCUAUGAGUGUGUCUACAAAACAAGCCCUGUGAUAAAAGGACAAGUGAAUAUUUCAGUUGGGCCCCAGGUGUUGGCCUACAAGAAGUCCGAGCAUGGGAAUGAGGGGGACACAGGCGUGCUGAUCUGCAAGAGUCCCUCUUUCCCCGCUGUUGACUCUUGGGUCUGGUACAAAAAUGGUCAAGAGCGCAUCUUCAAUGGUUCUGGUCGAUACAUUACCAAGUCCAGUGGCAACAAGACAGAGUUACGCAUUCUUAAACUGAGUAUUGAGGAGGAUACAGGUGACUACCAUUGCAAUGCCACCAACUCUUACGGCUCUGGGAGUGCUAUAGUAAACCUGCGUGUACGCAGCCGCCUGGCAGCACUCUGGCCUUUCCUGGGUAUUGUGGCAGAAGUCCUCGUUCUCGUCACCAUCAUCUUCAUCUAUGAAAAGAGGAGGAAGCCAGAUGAGGUUCCUGAUGAUGAUGAUGGAGGUUCUGCACCACUGAAAAGCAAUGCCACAAACCACAAGGACAAGAAUGUCCGCCAGAGGAAUGCUAACUAAGAGCAGGGGCCAGGUGAUGUGUAGAUGAAGAGAUGAAGAACUCGUCUGGACAAUUUUGUUUUCUUUUAAUUUUUUUUUUUGGUAAAAUAGCACCAUGAAAUACUCUAGUGUGUCCUUCCAAUUCAGUUACUUCACUUUCUAAAGAAACUUAAGUUGUAGAAUCUAAAAUACAUUUCUUUUUUUUUUUUUUUUUUAAGAGUUGUGGGAGGGUUUUUUUCUACCUGUAAAUGUAAAUCCCUUGUUUCUGGUAGUCUAGGUCACUGGCUGUCUCUGUCCUAGGUUUCUUCGUGCUGAUACGGAGUGGGGGGUGUGAGUGCAGCUUAUUUCUUCCUCGCCUCUGGGAAAAGCAGGGGGUGUGGGGUUAGGGCUGUUCUGAAAUGCCAUCGGUGUUUGAGGCCACUUGUGGACCUGUGGAUAACGUGUGCAGUUUCUGGUGUGCUGCCCCACUGGACGCGGCUGCCGUGGUCUGGUGUCCAGCCCUGUCUGCGUGGGUCAGGGAGGAGACGCUGCUUUGGUGACCGUCUGGGGAUGGCCUGGUCUGAGCGAAGGGUUUAGGAAGGUAGUCCCGUCUCUCCCAGCGCAUCACCUGGAGCGAGGCUGCACCUUUCCUUAGUGUGGAAGCGGCGUGUGUCCUGUAAGCCACCCCAGGACCACCAUGCACAUCUGCUGGUGCGGCUCGUUCCUCGGCGUGUGCCACACCACCCGCACCCCGAGCCCUUCCGUCAGGUCUUGGUUACUCUUCAACAGACAACCAGGAGCCAGCGUUAGAGCUGGACACUGGAUAAAUGACUGCUGUUAACUUAUUUCCCAGGGUGUUGGCAUCUUCUCAAGUCUACAGUGGGGAUGGGGGCAGAGCGAGCAGGGGCUGCAGUGCUGGGGGGGGGCUGGUUUGACGGCGUGUGUUCUUGUGCUCGAGCCGUGGUGAUGUUUGUGUGACAUAGGAGCCUGAGAGCGGACGAGUGCUCAGUGGAGUCUAAUACUUUUAUUGCUGGGUAGCAUUGAGUUCUGUUAACACACUUCACAAAUAAAGAUGAUUCCUCUCUC